AUUUCCGAUUAUUUCAGUGUUGUAACUUGUCAGAACAUCUACAAUCUUGGUUUUCGGUUCCCUUGAACAAAAUCAUCUCCACCACCACCAAGUUGAAACAAUCGCAUAACAAUGGCAGGAACCAAUCACAUACCAAAGGGAGUAAUCUCUCUUCCAUUCUCUUCACCUCGCACAUCACUUCUCUUCAAUUCACCCGUCUUUUUCUUGAAUUUCUUAACUUGUACUCCUCGAUUCACCACAAAAAACCUUAAUCUCAAAUUCAAUUACACCACCAAUUCCAACUUCAAUGUCGAUUUCAGAGAGAAAACCACAUUAGUUAGAGCCAUGUCAUCAUCUUCAUCUUCAUCUUCUUCUUCUUCUUCUUCUUCUUCUUCAUUUGGGUCUCGGCUAGAAGACUCCAUAAAGAAGACAAUUACUGACAACCCAGUUGUUGUUUACUCUAAAACUUGGUGUUCGUAUUCGUCUGAGGUGAAAUCACUGUUCAAAAAACUUGGAGUGAAGCCGUUUGUUAUAGAAUUGGAUGAAUUGGGUGCUCAGGGGCCUCAAGUGCAGAAGGUUCUGGAGAGGCUUACUGGUCAACACACUGUUCCAAAUGUCUUCAUUGGGGCCAAGCACAUUGGUGGUUGUUCAGAAACUGUGAAGCUGCACCACAAAGGAGAACUUGAACCAUUACUUUCUGAAGCAAAUGGCAAAAAUUUGUAGAGCUAUCAACUCUAUAUUGAUGCAAGAUAUGCCAUCUUGCCUUCUGAAUACUACAAUUUGUUUUGUUGAUUCUUUUGCUGAAAUAUAGGUACUGGAACCAUAGACUAUAACUAGACUUGUCAAACACAAUGCACAAUACCAUAUCAAUGAAGUACUUUAAUGAAGUAAAAUCAGCUUUCAUAGCAAAUUUUAUUCAUAUGUUUCAGAUAAAUGGCAAAAAUAAAUUUUAAA